CUUCUAUCGUUAUUGGUGACUAUGAUCAUGAUAAUAAAUUAGAUAUUGCUAUCAGUAAUAAUGCUACAAAUAAUAUUCUUAUAUUAACUAAAUACGAUGUUUUUCCUACUGCGAUGGCUGUAUCCUAUUCAACUAGUAAUGGGUCUAAGCCAUUGGGAGUUGCUGUUGGAGAUUUAAAUAAUGAUAAUUUCUCAGAUAUUAUUGUGACGAAUAAUGCAAGUAACACUGUUGGUAUAUUCAUGAAUCUUGGCAAUGGAACUUUUGCAAAUCAGAUAGAGUUGAAUGUUGGAGAUUAUUCGUCCCCGGAUUUUGUUAUCGUGAUUGAUAUUAAUAAUGACAAACAACUUGAUAUUAUAGUAAAUGACUAUCAGAAGUAUGGAGUUCGUAUCUUUUUCGGAUAUGGAAAUGGAAGUUUCACUGCUGGUAAUUUGAUUGUAACUGCUAAUACGACUGCUCCUGCCUAUAUUUCAGUUGCGGAUUUGAAUGACGAUACCAUUCUUGACAUUAUUGUAGCUAUCACCAACAGUACUAAUAUUGGGAUAUUAUUUGGAUCUGGAAAUGGGAAAUUUAAAGAUGUAAUAACACAACAAAUUUCAGCUGAUUUUUAUCCUGUAUCAAUCCUUGUAAAUGAUUUCAAUAAUGAUCAUAUAUUAGAUAUUGUCGCAUCUGACACAAGGAAAGGUGGUAUAGCUAUAUUGAUGGGAUACGGAAAUCAAUCCUAUGGUAUGCCAUUGAUAAUUCCAACCUAUGAUGAUCUUCCUAAUUCUUUAGCUGUUGGUGAUUUAAAUAACGAUCAUCGAUUAGAUAUCGUCUAUGCUAGUAAAUCACUUUCAACUAUUGGUAUUCUUUUGGGAAAUGGAAAUGGAACCUUCAGCAAUAUAACCAUAUAUUCUACUGGUGCUGGUACUUGGCCCCAAAAUGUUGUUCUUGUCGAUUUCAAUAACGACACUCAACUUGAUAUUGCAGUUGCCAAUGAGUAUGGGUAUACUAUCAGUAUAUUCUUUGGACUGGGAAACGGUUCCUUCACACAACAAAUCACAUUUCCAACUGGAUAUCAUUCUCGAUCCCAAUUUGUUGCUUUCGCUGAUUUUAAUAAUGACUUGCAACUGGAUUUUGUAGCUUCCAACAAAGCUACAUACGAGAUUCUUGUAAAUCUUAUAUAUUUUAAAAGUGAUUUUACGUAUCAAACGAGUUAUUUUACUGGUUCCAGUCCUCAUCCAUUGUCUGUCGCUAUUGGUGACUUUAAUAAUGACAAUCGAUCAGACAUUGUUGUUGCUAACUCAGACAAUGACAAUAUACAAUUACUUUUUGAAUAUGAUCAAGGAACUUUUCUAAAUAAACCAAUAUAUUCAACAGGUCUUAGUUCUUCUCCACAAUUUGUACUGGUUGCCGAUUUUAAUAAAGAUAAACAAGUAGAUAUUGCAGUGAUCAAUAGUCAAAAUGGCAUUAUCGAUGUAUUUUUGGGAUAUAGUAAUGGAACUUUUGAUGAACCCAGUAUAAUUUCGACUGGUUCUGAGACAUUACCAAAAUCAAUUUCGUCUGGCGAUUUUAAUCAUGAUAAUUGGACUGAUAUUGUCGUUGCUAACAGUGGUGUAGAUAAUAUAGGUGCAUAUCUUGGAUUUGAUUAUCCAACAUUUACAAAUGACACCAUUAUUAUUCCUGGAAAAUCUGCAGUUCCUAUAUGUAUUGCUGUGGGUGACUUCAAUAAUGAUCACAAUUGGGAUUUGGUAGUCUGUAAUGCUCAACUUCAAAGUAUUGGUGUAUAUUUAGGGUAUGGAAAUGGAACAUUUACAGUACCGACAUCGUAUCCGACUGGUGAUACACCAAAAUCAAUCUCUAUUGGUGAUCUCAAUGGUGAUAAGAUAAAUGAUUUAGUCGUCGCUAAUCGUGGUGAAAAUACGAUAAGCAUAUUCAUAGGCUAUGAAAAUGGAAGUUUUCAGCCUCAAGUACCGUACUCCACGGGCUCCUCAUCUAGUCCUACAUCAGCAAUAAUUAGUGAUAUUAAUAAUGAUAGUAAAUUAGAUAUUGUUGUCGCUAAUCGAGAUAGCAACAGCAUAGGUUUAUUCGUUGGAUAUGGAAAUGGUUUAUUUCAAAAUCAGAUAUUAAACCUGUUACCGAAUGGAUCGACACCUCGAUGGGUGAUUGUUAAUGAUCUUAAUCAUGAUGAUAUCUUAGACAUAGCCGUCGCUAAUUAUGGUCUUAAUAAUAUAGGUAUAUUUUUUGGAUAUGGGAAUGGUAGUUUUAGAGAUUUAAUAACACUUUCUACUGGAAAUAUAUCUGGACCGGUUUCGAUUGCUACAGGAAAUAUGAACAAUGACAAAUGGAUAGAUAUUAUUGUUGCCAAUGUUAAUAGUAAAACUGUCGGCCUGUUUUUAGGAAAUGGCAAUGGCACAUUUUUGCCUCAAAUCACAUAUUCAACUGGCUCUCAAUCGGAUUUGAUGUCAGUUUCUGUUGCUGAUAUAAAUAAUGACACUUCACUUGAUAUCAUUCUAGUCGAUCUUGGUAGUAGUGGUAAUGGUAACGUUGGUGUGUUUUAUGGAUAUGGCGGAGGAAAGUUCACAUUACAUACUACCUAUGAAACUGGUUUGAACUUUGAUCCAUUUUCAAUUGUGAUUCAUGACUUUGAUAAUGAUAAUAGAUUAGAUAUGGCUCUUGUAUACUCCAAUAAGGAUAGUAUCGGUAUGAUGCUUCAACGUAGAAGUAAACCGUUCGCUACACCAUUUCUGAUUCCAACUGGUAAAAAUUCUCGUCCGCUGUCAGUUGCUGCUGGUGACCUUAACAAUGAUAAUCAUCUCGAUUUUACAACAGCUAACUCUGGUACUAACAAUAUUGGUAUAUUUUUAGGUGAUGGUAAUGGGGGUUUUAGCGGACAAAUAACUUAUUCAACUGGUAAUAGUUCUACACCCAUUUCUAUUGCAGUUGGUCAUUUUAACAAUGAUACCUAUCUCGAUAUUGUUGUUGCUAAUGAACAAACAAAUAAUAUUAUGAUUUUUCAAGGAUAUGGAAAUGGAAUUAUUACACUACUAACAAUAUAUUCAACUGGAAUUAAUUCUGUUCCAUCUUCAAUCUCUAUCAAAGAUAUAAAUAAAGACGAUUAUUUAGAUAUUGUCAUCACUGAUUAUAAUAGCAAUGAGAUACUUGUAUUCAUUGGUUCGAACAAAGGAAAUUUCUCGAAAUUAAAUUCAUAUUCUCUUGGUUAUAAUGCUGGACCAAAAUCGGUGGCCAUUGCAGAUAUCAAUAAUGAUAGUUUAUAUGACUUAAUUGUUGCAAAUUAUGGUACUAACUAUGUUGAAAUUCUUUUGCAAACUUGUUGA